CAUUUGAAUAAUGAGUUCAUCAGAUCUGAAGAAUCCAGUAUUUAUGGCCAAAUCAUUUCUGGCCGGAGGUAUUGCUGGUAUGACCUCCAAAACAGCAGUGGCGCCGUUAGAUCGCAUUAAGAUCCUAUUGCAGGUCCAUAACAUUCAUUAUAAAGAGUACGGUGUCUUCACAGGACUCAGAGCUAUCAUCAGAAAUGAAAAGUUUCUUAGUCUUUAUAAAGGAAAUGGCGCUCAAAUGGUCCGUAUCUUUCCAUACGCUGCCGUUCAAUAUAUGUCAUUUGAAAUAUAUAAGAGAGGACUGUCAAUAUUGUUCAGGGAAGCCGAGUCCGGAAAAGUGAACCAUUCCCUCAAGUUUUUUGCCGGUUCUAUGGCUGGCGUUACCUCAGCUAUGAUGACCUAUCCAUUGGAUUUAGUGAGAGCCCGAUUGGCUUUUCAUGUGAGUCACGCUGGUGUGGAUGGCAUUAAGAUUCCCACAUCUAUAGUGGGAACACUUGUUUAUGUAUUUCAAAAUGAGGGCAGAAUUGUCGGCCUUUAUAGAGGAAUUACACCAACAGUGUUAGCAAUGAUACCAUACGGUGGUUGCAAUUUCUAUAUGUUUGAGAGACUUAAACAUUUGGCCGUUGAAUAUAUGCCUACAAUAUGUGGCUAUGAAAAGGACGGCAAAACCAUAUUAAACAUUCCCAGCAAACUAUUGUGCGGUGGAAUAGCCGGUGCUAUUGGACAGACCAUUGUUUAUCCUUUAGAUGUUGCCCGCAGAAGAAUGCAACUUUCAAUGACAAGCAAUGAGACAAAAAAAUUUUCCGAAGGUUUUCUCAAGACAUUGAAUAUCACUUAUAAAGACUAUGGCGUCGCCAGAGGUCUAUAUCGAGGAAUGAGUAUUAACUAUAUCCGAGCCGUACCUAUGGUUGCCGUCUCUUUUAGCACUUAUGAAGUUUGCAAACAACUAUUGGGUUUAGAAACUGGUAUCUGAGCUGAAAUACUCAUAAUUA